GUUUUCACUCCGCGCGUCGUCGUCAACGCGUCUUCUCGUUUUCCUUGCUCGUUUUCAAACACGCCGCUCUUUCAAACCGACCGAUCAGCUGAUCUGCAUCAAAUAAAAUACCAAUAAAACCAAUACCUUUUCAUUUCAGUUAUUGGAUUUAUUAUUAAUAAUUUUAUUUGUACCGAAAAAAAGUGAUUUCGCUACGUGACAGAAAGUAAAUAAAUUAAAACAAUAAAACUUCUCACGAACUUUACUAAAGUUGUAAACAAAUGACAAGCAUUUCAAUCCUGGCGCACCAGGCGCGUCAGUAUUUGUGCUAGUAUUAUUUGUUGUGAAGGCAGUAUAUGGCGUUAUGCCGUGCUGAGUGCUAUUUAUUAAAGCAUUUUAGGCAAUAAGAAUUAACAGUGGGCUGGAUCGGCUGGAUAAGAAGUGAAAUAUUACUGCAAAGCUGAAUAGGUGCUUUCUUUCGAUUGCAUAGAAUUACGACACUUCUGUGAAAGAGUGUUGGAGUGUCUGUUAGUUCACGUUGAUAUUAGCGUUUAAAGUUUCAAAUCAAAAUGCCUAUUGAAAAUAUGGAAGAGCAGGGUCUUGAGAAGAACCCAAAGUUGGAAAUAGCCCAAUGGAUUUUCAAUUUGACCUUGCCGUCAAUGAAGAAUGAUACCACUUUGAAGAAACAACUAAUGGAUGCCAUACGAGAAGAUUACAUGGCCCCGCUGUACGAGUACGCGUGCAAACAGCUGGGCUGGAGUCCGGACGUGGCGCUGCUGCAGUCCAUGCAGGAGCACAACGCCGCCCGGCUCAAGGAGCUGGACGCCAAGAUUGACGAUGCCGAGCAGAACCUCAGCGAGAUGGAGGUUCGAGAAGCGAACCUGGCCAAGUCGGAACACCUCUGCCGUAUCGGUGACAAGGACGGUGCUGUGUCAGCCUUCCGAAAGACGUACGACAAGACGGUAUCGCUGGGACAGCGACUCGACAUCGUCUUCCACCUUAUCAGGAUCGGCCUGUUCUACAUGGACAACGACCUCAUCACAAGGAACAUCGAGAAGGCAAAAAGUCUGAUCGAGGAGGGCGGCGACUGGGACAGACGGAACCGGCUCAAGGUCUACCAGGCCGUCUACCAGAUGGCCGUGCGCGACUUCAAGGCGGCCGCCCAGCUCUUCCUGGACACCAUCUCCACCUUCACCUCGUACGAGCUGAUGGACUACGUCACCUUCGUCAAGUACACCGUCUACAGCAGCGUCAUCGCCCUGCCGCGACAGGAGCUCAGGAAGAAGGUGGUAAAGGGCUCGGAGAUCCUGGAGAUCCUGCACGGCGAACCGGCCGUCAGAGAGUUCGUCUUCUCGCUCUACGAGUGUCGCUACGCUGACUUCUUCAAGGCGCUAGCGUCUGUGGAGCAGGUGCUGAAGGAGGACCGCUACUUCGCCCCCCACGUGCUGUACUACGUGCGUGAGAUGCGCAUCAUGGCCUACUCGCAGCUGCUAGAGUCCUACAACAGUCUGACCCUGCAGUACAUGGCCAACGCCUUCGGAGUCUCGGUGGAGUUUAUCGACAAGGAGCUGGCCCGCUUCAUCAACCUGGGCAGACUGCACGCCAAGGUGGACAAGGUGGGCGGCGUGGUGGAGACCAACCGGCCCGACUCGAAAAACUACCAAUACCAGAACACCAUCAAACAGGGAGACAUCCUGCUCAACCGCAUACAGAAACUGUCGCGGGUCAUCAACAUCUAGUGACAGAGAGACGUGAGGGCUGAGGCCGGAUACUCAGUCUGGUCUGCGUACAGACACUACUGUGGAGGUGCCGUGUGGUGCGGACUGGUGACUCGGACCUCACCCGCUCUGUGUGUGAGCCGCACGUUCCACCUCACUGGGUGGCGGACGGUGCGCUGGCCGCAGCUCGCUGCCACACCACUCUGUUGGCCUCUCCCUGUGGUGCCGAUCUAUCGAGGUGAAAGGCGACAGAGUGCGGCGCCGAUCGGGCGUCAUUGGUUAGCUACAGCCUGGAUGUUUUCGCUCUGAGAUAAUAAAAUACCGCGGUAUGACGCCGGUGGC